GAUCGUCAGUAAAAAAGUGUGGCAGUUUUAUAAGCCAGUUUUUCAAUAUGUUGUUUUUAAGAUAACCACGACCUAACUCACUUAUUUAAAUGAGUUGACUUUGGAUAGAAUGGAAGCAACAAGUUGUUUAGUAGACGUUUUUCUCCUACAUUUCAUAUUGAAAAUCCAAUCAAUAACAAAGUCAUGGCAAUUUCGAAACAUUUACAUACCUACCUGCCACAUUUGUUCCGUAUAUGUUUUUGACCUAUGUUUGGGUAGUUUUAACUGUUGGUUACCAUGGACAUUUAUGGAAACCAUUAAAUGUUAGUUUCAUUCUGUCAGCAAACCUUAAGUUAACAAUUUUGUUUUUCCAAAUGAUUGGAACAAAACGUAAGACAAAAGAUUCGUCAGAAUUUUUACUCCUGAAGGAUAAGGAGAUAAAAUUUGACAUUCCAAAUUUACAAAAUCGAUUAGCAAAUGGAGAGAAUGUUCUCGCAAAUAUUCCACACAUUGAAGAUUCGAAAGGAAAUUCUGGUGAUUCCGGUACAUUAUUGGCAACUAAUUUGAGAAUAAUAUGGUAUUCAUUGGUUCACAAGAAAUUUAAUCUUGCAGUCGGAUAUGGAAGAAUUAUAACACUUAAUACAAGAACCGUAUUUUCAAAAGUGCGAGGAACAGCUCAAGCUCUUUAUAUUCUUGCCGCUGGAGAAAACUCUCGUUUCGAGUUCUUAUUUACUGAUGUGUCGGGAGUCACCAAAUCGAAUUCAUUCUUUUCUUGCAUCUACGAUAUUCAUCAAAUUUAUCAGAGAACAUUUUUAUACAGGGAAUUAAAACUUCGCAGUGCAAUACUUCGCUCUGGUCAGUUGAUUUUACUUCCCGGUGAGCAGAUUUAUAGUUCCAUAGCUGGAGUUUGGAAUUUGUCAAAUGAUACAGGAAACCUUGGCUCAUUUAUAAUAACUAACAUACGAGUCGUAUGGUUUGCUAAUGUAAACGAAAAUUUCAACAUAAGCUUACCUUACAUUCAAAUAUCAAAUAUAAAAAUAAGAGAUUCAAAAUAUGGUGAUGCCCUGGUGGUGCAGACAUCAGAAAUAAGUGGUGGUGGAUAUGUUCUUGGAUUUCGUAUCGAUCCUCCUGAAAGACUUAUUGAAUUAUAUAAAGAAUUGAGUUCUUUGUUCAUUGUUUAUAGUGCUAAACCGAAUUUUGGAGUUCAAUAUAUUUAUGAAGGAAAUGGAAACAUGUCAACGGCUCCAAAAAAUGAAAGCGAAUUUAAAAUUGACGAAUUUCAAGAGAUCAAUGAAGUUCAGGAAAAAGAAAUCAAUUCGAAGCUGACCGCAUAUUUGGCUGAAGGGUAUACAACAAAUGUCACUUCAAGGCCACCAUUUUAUUGUAAAGAAUUAGGAUUUGCUAUGGAGGAAAUGAGAAGUGGAUAUAAAUUAAGUGAUUUAUGGGAAGUUGCUCCAACAUCUAAUCCAAUUGUGGAACAAACUGAAGAAAUUAAUUAAAGUAUACUAAUAAGCAAAUGUUUUAAGGAAAUUUAAGUAUAAAAAUGUACGUUAAAUUUUAUUUUUUCUAAAAAAAUCAGCAGCUGUUUUGUUUAAUUACUUU